GAUCCUCCUGGCGUUGGCGGGACUUUUCGAGCUGCGAGAGAGACUUCUGCUGAGCACCGCCGGAGCAAGAAACUUCGCAACUUUCCUGCAAUUCAGCCCCGGGACUCUGCACCUUUCCAUAACUCCCCACCUCUGCCCGGUUCCGGAUCUGCGAUGAGCGGCGAUCGCCCUCUCUCUACCCGCGGGGAUCGGCCAGCUACGUGCACUCCUGGCCCGCUCGGGAAGGCGGACUGAGCCAGGCGGCGAAGGGAGAGCAGCGGGCUAGGAAGACCCAGUGGAUCCAUGGCCUCAUAGGCUCAAGCCUGCAACGCAGCCCCUCCGGAGAUCUACCAGCGCCGCUUUUCCAAUACUUACGGCCGUUGAUUCCCUCUUUUCACCUGGAGUAAUACCGCCCGGAGAGGAUUUCCGAAAGCUUUUGUUUCGCGGAUGCCAGAUGAACUAUCUGCUUCCCGCGCCCUGGGGGGAAAAAAUGCCGUAUUUGCCGCUCUAAAUGCACCCGGCCCCUUCUUCUUGCACGCCAUCCUGAACCUGGAAUAUUUUUUUUGGAAACAUCAUUUGGAGCACCCCCCCCCAUUGAUUUUUCUGCAUCUCCCCCUCCCUGCUUAAAAAACAAAUAAACAAACCCGCGUGCAAGGUUUCGCUUUCGCAUGGUUUGAUCUUGGAAAUUGCUUUUUUCUGCCCCGGGGAAGAGGCGUUGGAGAGAAGGGGGAGGGGCGGGAAGACACCCCCCCCCCCCCUUCGCUAUGGCUGUGAGCGGCGACUCUGCAACCCGAGGCCGGUGCAACUCCGGCGAGGAAAAAAGCCCCGAGGCGGCUGCUGCUGCUGCUGCGCGGGUAGCAGCCGGAGAUGGAGCCUUAGGGGCCGACUGCAACGGCUGCUGCGCCCCGGCUGGGCCGGAGGACCCGGAGAGAAGAAGAGCCCCCCGCGGCUGGUGGCGAGGGGCCGGCGGCGACCCCCGGCUGCGGGCGCGCUGCAAACUUUGCUGGGCUGUGGGCGCGGGCGGGCUGGCGCUGCUGUUGGCGCUGCGGCUGGCGAAGGAAGAGGACCCGGAGGACGGCGAGGGGGCAGCCCCGGGGGGGCGCUGGUGCCCGCGGCCGGGCUCGGCCGGGCUGUGCUGCUGCUGCUGCUGCCUGCUCGCCGCCUACUGCUGGCUGGGCUGGGACUUGGUGCGCGCCGCGCUCCGCCUGCGCACGGCCGCCCUGCUGCUGGCCGCCUGCUGCGCGGGGGAAGCGCUGGCCCAGCUCGCCCCGGGCACGGCCGCCGAGGAGACCCGUCUGUGCGUGGCCGCCUGCGGGGGGCUGUUGCUGCUGGGCUGCCUGGCCGCGGCGCUGGGAGGGCUGGGGGUGCCCCGGGGCGCUCCUCUGCUGCUGCUCGCCUUGCCCGGCGCCGUGCGUCUUUGCGCGCCGCUCUCCUGGCCGCCCUGGAGCCCCUGCCUGGCUUCUCUGCUGGCCCUGGCGGGGAUCCUCUACGCGCGGCGGCACGCCUGGCCCGGGAAACGGGAGGAGGAGGCGGAGGCAGGCCGAGGGGCGGAAGGAGCGGGGCUGGCCGCCGCGGCCCCCCCGGUGCCGGUUUGGAAGAGGAGGAGGCGCUCCAGUUCCAUGAUCGCCGCCGAGAUGGCCGGCUGCGGCAGCAAGUCCCAUCGCAGGACCUCUUUGCCCUGCAUCCCCCGAGAGCAGAUCAUGGGGCAUUCUGAGUGGGAUCACAAACGAGGACCUCGAGGAUCUCAGUCUUCAGGUACCAGCAUUACGGUGGACAUAGCUGUCAUGGGAGAAGCUCACGGACUCAUCACAGACCUCCUGGCGGAUCCGUCCCUCCCGCCCAACGUGUGCACCUCCCUGCGAGCAGUCAGCAACCUUCUGAACACCCAGCUCACCUUCCAAGCGGUUCACAAGCCUCGGGUCAGCCCUUUGGUGUCCUUCAACGAGAACUACACCUGCUCUGACUCGGAGGAGAGCUCCGAGAAAGGGGAAAAACUGGCUGUUCCCAAGCGUUUCCGGAAAAGUCUGCCACCAGGUCUUCUGCGACGAGUAUCAUCCACUUGGACAACUACCACCUCAGCCACUGGCUUACCGACCUUGGAGCCGGCUCCAGUGAGAAGAGACCGCAGUGCUAGCAUCAAACCUCAUGACGCAGCACCGUCUGGCUCUGAACCUUGGAACAACUCCCUCCUGGUGAGCAUCAGCAAAAGCAAAUCCUUCUCUGCCUCCUACGCUGUGGCUGCCGCCAACCAUCUGAAUUCCAGAAGACCAAGCCGACAAGGUAUCCCGCCAAAUAUUUCACCUCUCACCUCCCCAAGCCAUUCACCUCUCAAGGGGACGCCGGCUAACAGUCCCACCAGCAAGACCUCAAACGAACAGUUCCCGGAGUCGACAGUCACUGCCGCACAGCAAACCAGCAAGUCUCACAGACUCUUAGCGUGUACUCAGAGUGCGCCGAAUCUAUCGGAAACCGUGGCGCCCGCUCCUGUCGUUUGCAGCAGCUGUGGCAGGCCAUAUAACCAAACAGACGCAGCAGAGAGAAUUUCGGAAAGAAGCGACAGAACGACACACCACCUGAACAGAACAGAUCAACAUAAAAGAUCAACAUUUAGCCAUGAAACAGAAAACUCGACAGCAACUGAUAUUGUGCCCGAGCAAUGAUGACGCAUGAAUUGCUGUAAGGAGCAAGAAGCAUGAACAGGGCCGAUCUGUAGGCAUUAUCCUCGAGACACAAUCCUAUUACAUCCCUUAUUGUCACCUGAGGAGAAGCCUAUUCUUGCCCCCGAGCCUCUAAUAAUGGACAACUUGGACCCCCUGAUGGAACAGCUCAACAAUUGGAAUUUUCCAAUCUUUGACUUGGUAGACAAGAUAGGCAAGAAGUGUGGCCGAAUCCUCAGUCAGGUAUCCUACAGGCUCUUUGAGGACAUGGGUCUAUUUGAAAUCUUCAAAAUUCCUGUGAGAGAAUUUAUGAACUACUUCCAUGCCCUGGAGUGUGGAUACCGAGAGAUUCCUUAUCACAACAGGAUCCAUGCCACUGAUGUCCUCCAUGCGGUUUGGUACCUUUCAACCCAGCCUAUACCUGGACUCCCAACUGUGAUUAAUGACCAUGGGUCAGCAAGCGAUUCAGAUUCUGACAGUGGGAUCACUCAUGGUCACUUGGGAUACGUGCUUUCAAAAACUUAUUCGCCGACCGAUGACAGCUAUGGCUGCUUGGCCGGCAAUAUCCCUUCGCUUGAACUGAUGGCCCUUUAUGUAGCUGCAGCCAUGCAUGACUAUGACCAUCCAGGAAGAACCAACGCCUUCUUGGUGGCGACGAGUGCUCCUCAGGCUGUUCUGUACAACGACCGCUCUGUCCUGGAGAACCACCACGCUGCCGCUGCCUGGAACCUCUUCAUGUCCAGGCCAGAGUACAACUUCUUGGUCAACCUGGACCAUGUGGAGUUCAAGCACUUUCGAUUCCUUGUCAUUGAGGCCAUCUUGGCUACAGAUCUGAAGAAACACUUCGACUUCGUAGCUAAAUUCAAUGCCAAGGGGAACGACGAUGUGGGCAUUGAUUGGACAAAUGAGAACGACCGCUUGCUGGUGUGCCAGAUGUGCAUCAAACUGGCUGACAUCAACGGACCGGCAAAAUACAAAGACUUGCAUCUGCGGUGGACGGAGGGCAUCGUCAAUGAAUUUUAUGAACAAGGGGAUGAAGAAACCAGCUUAGGCCUCCCCAUCAGCCCAUUCAUGGACCGCUCCGCUCCUCAACUGGCGAACCUUCAGGAAUCUUUCAUCUCUCACAUUGUGGGACCGCUCUGUAACUCCUACGAUUCAGCAGGUCUGAUGCCAGGGAAAUGGAUUGAUGACAACGAUGAGUCGGGAGAUACCGACGAACAGGAAGAAGAAGAGGCAGCAGAAAUGGACACCUGUGAAACCCCUGAAUCAAGGAAAAAGAGGAGAAAAAUCUACUGCCAGAUAACUCAGCACUUGCUGGAGAACCAUCAGAUGUGGAAGAAAGUGAUCGAGGAAGAAGAGCGGAAAGCUGGGAUCGAAAAGCCAACUCUGGAGCAACCCGCGUUGCACCCAACCUCAGAACAAAUUGAGUCCAUCAAAGAGGAGGAGGAGGAAAAAGGGAAGCCCAAAGGGGAAGAGGAAAACACAGCUUUGGAAACACGUCAGUGACAAUGGUGGGAUUGUUUUUUAGCAGUAUUGGAAAACGAGGACAGCACACGUACCAGUUCCUUCAAGCCAGCACAACAUGUAGACACAACACUGUAGAAAUAUGGGAUGAUAACGCACCUCCGGCCCUUUAGUUUUGUUUCCCUUUCCUCCUUUUUUAAAAAUGAAAAACAGUGACGUACAUUGUUUAGACUUUUACGCUCCGAGAAGCUUUCACAUUGCAACAGCACCAACUUUUACAGACUUUCGUACAGGGUGGGGAAUUAUAAUUAUAUAUAAUUAUAUUAUAUUAUAUAUAUUAUAUAUAUAAAUAUUAACCUGGGUUUA